AUGGAACCACUGGGGACACCCAUUGGGCUUGGAAUUAGUAUGAAUAUCUUUAACGACACGUACCUUGCAAACGGGGCGCUGACCUCUUUACAGAGGACAGCUUUUACGAGUGGAUUAACUGGAUUAUAUUUCCGAACAGUAGCGUGGCGAAUAUGGCUUGGAGUGUAUCCCAAAGAGAUAACUCCCGAGUGGGUUAGUGUGAUAAAACGGACACGAGAGAAGUAUCAAAACUUAAUGAAUAUCUAUUUCGAUGGUGAUACCCCUAAAGUGAUAGAAGACCCCUCCCCAGAAUUUAAAGAUAUUCACCGCCGAAUCACAAAUGAUGUGGAUCGACUCUUUAAUAUGUACGACUAUUUUACGGACUCCGAAUUUAGAAAAAAGAUGUGGAAAAUGCUUUUCAUAUACGCAUACGAACAUCAGUCGAUGAAUUACCAACAAGGAUUUCACGAAUUACUUGCGAUCAUCUAUCGAGCGAUUGACGCGGACUUAUCUGAACAAGUCCACAUCCAAUGGAAAUCGGUUUCGACGUUUCCGGAGGAGUACAAAGGAGUAGUGCAAUGUCUGAUAGAUCGGUAUUAUAUGGAACAUGAUGCGUAUGUACUGUUUGAAGCGUUGAUGAAUGAACUAGGUGAUGUGUAUGAAGUGAAAAAAGAAGUAGAUAAGAGGAAGGCGAGUAACAUCCAAGAGAAGUGUGACACUCUUUUUAAUUCACUUGAGAAGAUUGAUUGUAUGUAUUAUCAAUUGUUGGUCAAUCAGAAUGUCAUUCCAUCAGUCUUUGGGAUCCGAUGGAUCAAAAUGGUCUUCACGCGUGAAUUCCAUAUUAACGAUGUUGUCGAAGUCUGGGACGCUAUCUUUGCAUAUGGGGAACACCUCAAACUGAUUGAAGGCAUGUUUCUUGCAAUGCUCAUCUAUCUCAGAAAUGACGUGUUUGAACGAGACGACGAGAACUAUACCUUAAAACGUCUGAUGAAAUUUCCACCCGUCUUCUCGCUUCGACCAAUCAUAGAAAUGGCGAUAUCGAUAUCGGACAAGAAAGAUAAAGUGGGCGAAUUGUUACACGAAAAAGUGCAAGAAGUCAAUCCCGUAAAAACGAAUCGGAUGAAGCGGAAAGAGGUGAAGAAGUGUUUAGUGCGACACACAGAAGAGGUGAUCACUGGGAGUCCGGAACAGUCCCAUAUCCAAAGAGACGAGAAGAGUAAAGGACGCCCAACGAAUGAGAAGAAAGUGCUUCCCAAGCCGGAGUGGAUGAAUUUUGAAUUGUUGUGA